CACACACACACACACACACACACACACACACACACACACACACACACACUCGUCUCGAGGUCAAUUACAUCAUGACAGUUUAUUUUUUCUCCUCCUAACCUAAAAGAAGGCUGCGUUGUUGUCUGCGAUCUAGACUGCACAUGAACAGCAGACAACGUAAAAGAUAUCACUCGACAUUUGUCUUACCAGGAAGGACCGAAUGAAGGUUAAAGAAAUAGAGGAGGAUGCGGCAUGAUAUCAUCUUGGUCAGCGCUAAGAAUCUUGAGUGGGCCGGCUUGCAUUUUCUAGAAAUCUAAAGUUCUUCGGAGAGUUACGGGCUUGGAGAAGGAAGAAGAGAGAAGGAUGUCAGUAGCGGUAGUGUAUCUUCCAUUCUGUUCUCUCUCUCUCUCUCUCUCUCUGGACAACGAGACUACAUAAUAUUAUUUAGUAACAACGAUGAACUGUCCAUGUAAAGGUCCAUGGUGUGAGACGCGGGGUGGAGUGGCCAUGUAGACUCAGCACAGAUCCACCCGUUUACCAACCUAAUAAUUAUACAUUUAAUUUCUCUUUAAUUCACCACCAUUAUUGGACACCAUUGCGCUCCUCUAUUUCUAUAACAUUACUAAGUUUACUCUGCCCAGUCAGAAAUUUUAGAGAGAUCAGAAAUCAAGUGUUCUGUGGCUUCCCUGCGUGAACUGUUUACUUCCUGAAGGGUUACACACACAUCUGUACGUGACAUUCCUGUUAGUUUAUUUCUUUGGUGGUUGUUUUUCUUCUGUUUUAAUAUUUUUUCUAUUGUUUAUUUAUGUUUUGUCCCUUGUUUCUUUGUUCGAUGGUAAUUUAGUUAUUUAUUUUUUCGUAGAACGUCAGUAAAACAUAAAGGAAAAUCUGCCCUCCGUCCUGUAAUAUUUGGGAAAAUGUUAGGCUUUGUAGGAUAUCUCGUCUUACCUCUCGCGCUCCCUCCUUCCUAGGCAUUGAAAAAGUGCGGGAAAUUUGAAGGUUUAUAAAUGCACUGUUGUGUGUAUGUGUGUGUGAGUGUUAUUGCUAGUUAUCUCUCUCUCUCUCUCUCUCUCUCUCUCUCUCUCUCUCUCUCUCUCUCUCUCUCUCUCUCUCUCAGUAGUUGCACAGGUCUUCAAGGGUAUUUUUACGGUUUUAGUGACAGAUUAACAACAUUUCUACAUUAAUAAUAGGAGAAACACCAUUGAAAACCCUGAUAAUCAUCUUUAUAGCUUUGAAAAACAGUCGUGAGGAGAGAGAGAGAGAGAGAGAGAGAGAGAGAGAGAGAGAGAGAGUAGGAGCAUUUCAGUUGAGCCUAUUCUGCCCUGGUUCGUGUUUGCUGCGGUGACACGGUGCCGCACUGAGUGAAGAUUGCGUUCAUAAUCACUUAUCGGGGGUGGAGUGGGGAAAGGAGAGUCAGGAAGUGAGAAUAUUUAUAUUAUUUGACAUAUUAUUUGAUAGCAUGUCAACUUUUGUGUGUGUGUGUGUGUGUGUGUGGGUGUGGGUGGGUGUUGGAUCAGUGACAGGUGGCGCUGGGGAGUUACCAUGGCGAGCGGCUGGCUGGCUGCAGUGUUUUGGUCAGCACUGGUCAAUCUUGCCCUACACGCUCUAUUAACCAGUGUUUCCGUCUUCCCGACACCUUCUUCCUGCACCAAGCACCGUCAAGCAUCACCAGAGAGGCACGAGUACGUAAGCUAUCCAACAUCAGAACAGUAUAUGAAUAUGGCAAAUGCUGUUUUGACAUCAUUUCCUGCCAUCCAGAGAAACAGUGAUCUCGAGGAGCAUGAAUUGCAGCUGCAAUGGAAAUUGCACAUCCAGCACAAGUUUCAGAAUUCAAGAAAGAGGCAGGAUUCCUCAGUGACUGAGGUGACGUCAAGGAAAAAGAAGAUCCCUUGCAUAGCGCCAAAAGAGACUACGUUUCCACUGAUGUAUGGAGUAAAGGCUUACCUUCCACCAAGGCUGAACGCCUCAUGCAGUUGACACUCUCUGAGAGACGCAAAAAAAUAAUCAAUGGGAACAUUCUUGUAGCAGAAAUCCUGAACUUGUACCCGUGGAUUCAGACUUUUGAUGGCAUAAUCAAGGAGUUCCUGAGAUUAGAACCACAAGCGGAUGAACUAGACCCAAGAGUAGCAGUUUUGAAAGGGCUGGAGAAAUAUAGCCUCCCAAUAAUUGCCAUUCUCAAAAAAAGAAAAGCAGUUCCUCUGUAUAUGGAAACCUUACUUGAACUCUAUGACCACGAUGAAAGUCAAUAUGCUUGCUUAGUUAUAUUGGGUUACUUCACCUGCUUGGAGAAAGGAAAGACUCCAUUUUUACUAAGGUACCAGAAGAAGAACUAAGAACAGGGCAGUCUAGUGUGUAUUUGAUGGUGCACCUGUAGCUGAACCAACAUGUAUUUCUAUGGCUGUAGUCUCAUUGGUAGCAGGGCUUUGUGUUUAAUAUUGAACACCCAAAAAAUUGUGAACAUUUCCUCCAUUUCACAACAUCCCAUCUCUUAGGUAUCAAGUAUGACAAAGGUAACACUUCAAAAACAAGAUCUCUACUUGUAAAACUCAAUGAAGUAAAGACAGAAUUGAGCUACAAAAAUGCAUAAAUCUGCUUCCAAAUAUAUUCAACUCCACACAUAAUGCCUCUCUCUCUCUCUCUCUCUCUCUCUCUCUCUCUCUCUCUCUCUCUCUCUCUCUCUCUCUCUCUCUCUCUCUCUCUCUCUCUCUCUCUCUGUCACACACACACACACACACACACACACACACACACACACACACUAGUCAAUUACUAGUUAAAGAUUAAUCAGUGAAAUAAAUACAUAACAUUAUGUUAAUAAAUUUUCUAAAAGGAAAAGGAAAUACUUGUACUUCCCCUU